AUGGCUUUUCCUUUUAGGAAGAGAGACAUCGAGAAAGCCUUCUUUGGCCUCGACCUCAACGACGACAAGCCCGGGACCAAGUCCAAGUCCUCGUCUGCUUCAACCAACGCCCCGAAACCGAAGCAAGGUCACCGUAACCCUCUUGAGACUAUAACCAACCAAGCUUUGAACGACGAGAACAAGCCUAACACAUCCAUCAAUUCCUCAUAUGCUUCAAAGGGCACUACGAAGCUGAAGACCACCAACAAGGCUCCUUCCAAGCCCUCGUCUACCUCGGUCAACUCUAUGAUGUCCGAGCCGGCCCUUAAUACUCCUCCCAAUACCAAGCCCGAUCAGACUUUCAACUUCCUAGGACUCCCUCUCGAGGUCCGUCGUCGAGUCUACAACUUCCUGCUCUUCAGCCGUCAUUCUGCAGCCGACAUCCCUAAAGAUAGAGCCAGGAUCACCAGCGAGAAACUGAUUUUUCUGGAACAAAGCCCCCCACAGGAUCUGUACCAACCCGGAAAAGUCAAGAGCCUGCACACAGCAAUCCUUCGCACCUGCAAACAAAUUCACAGUGAAGCAGCCGUCCAUCUCUACAGGGACAAUAGCUUCAUGGUUCCCUCGCCAAUCUACAUGCUUCGCUUCUUCAAGCAGGUCGGUGCAACUAAUACCAAGCACCUCAAGAAGCUGAGUCUCACGAUUCAAUGGAACGCUGACCGCGAGCUCAAAUUCUGGCUGCUGUUCUUAAAGAAGCUGGCCAAGGAUGCGUCGGGACUUGAGACUCUUACCGUUGUUUGGAUUGCGAACACCUUGAGCUCCGAGCCACUGAGCAGGGGCGCUAGAGGGCGUGGGCUAGGUGACAAUGUGACUUUUGUGCGUGCCCUGGCAAGGGUCAAGCAGGUGACACGCCUGAACAUCUUCGGAUUCUAUGCGAAGAAUUGGCUGACCUACCUGAAGAGGGAGAUGGAGGGCGCUGGCGUGCAGGUUCAAGAAGCUGGUCAGUUUGGCGCAGUCGUUCACUGUGAUCUAGUUGAAUUGCUUUUCUCGAGGGUCCGAGAAUUCCAGGAAGGAACGGAGGAUAUAUGGCCUUAG